GGAUCACGCUUUCACACGUGACACCGAACAUCGUUCGUUAUGCGGCGUUAUGGUUUCCAAUCCUCCUCUGAUCUUAACCCUCCAAGGGUUUAUUACGCUACGAAAGCCUCUUUUCUGUCUCUCUCUGUCUAUUCUUAUGCCUUUAUCCGUCUCCUUCGAGCUCCCAAGGACUGGAAGAGAUAAUAGGGUAACCCCCUACGGCACCUGUCCGCUCAAAGCCUCCCGAACCUUACCCUUGCAUCCCCUGCCUUCAACCCCCUAUCUUCUUCCUCCCUCUUCCUCCCUCUUCCUCUAACUUGCUCUUCCUCUCUCUAUCUUCCCUCAUCUAUUAUCAUGGCACCUCGCCAGCUGGCCUGUAUGUAUAAAAUGCGGGAUCAAAUCAAUCAACUGGAUUCAAUCCCAACCAGGUACCGCAGCCUAUUGGAGCAUCGUCUGGUUAUUGCGUGCAGUGAAUUCAAGCGCCAGGACACGAGAGACUGACAGCCUCGCAAAGUCAUUCGGCGUUGGUCCCGACUACUCCUUC